GACAGAAACACAACAGGUCUUAGCAAAAUAUGGAUCACAAUAUGUGAAAUGCCAAUGAGAGUGCAUUAUGAUUUGCAAUUUAGUAUCAAAUAUUGAACUUUUACUUAAAAUGCUUGAUGUAUUUCAAUUAAAUAUACUUUGUAGAUCGCAGAGGGAAUUGAAAUCAGAAUUAACUUUAUUCACCAGGUUUGUGGAUACACAUCAGGAAUUUGAGUUCAGUUACCAACACUCACAUCAUAAAAAAGACAGACAACAAACUACGAUAUAUAACAAAAACAUUUUGCAGGGAAGACUUAGGAAACAUCAGUAUGUAUAAGAGAGCAGAAGUAUGUUUUAUGUACACAGUUAUUUUAAGGCAUAGCUGUAAGAGUGUAAUAAUUAUAUUACAGAUAGUGAUUACAGAAUAGCUGCCUACCUUGGAUUUAAGGUGUUCAUUGUUUUCAUCAAAGACAGGGCCUAGUAAUGAAACUGACUCUGUGUUGGUUUGUUUAGCAAUUAGCACUCCGUAGAUUUGACCUGAAGGUAAAAGUCUAAACAACCUAUGUCCAGGAUGUGUUGGGUCAACAGUAGGGCUGGGAAAAAAUCGAUUUAAUCGAUGUUGGAUCGAUUCCAGUAAAAUUUUACAAAAUCCAUGUGUAGGUAAUGAGAUCGAUUAGUUUUAUAGUGACGUGAGUGACGUUGACGUUCAAGAGCAGGCGUGGGCAAAUGCAAAAUGGCCGACGCAAGUAACGCACCGCUCAGCAAGCCCUCCCAACUGAAGUCUGACGUCUGGAACCAUUUUGGAUUUAAAAUAACUAAAGAGAAUGUGCUGGAUAAAACUAAAGUGGUUUGCAAGAUCUGUCAAGCGGAGGUCAGUUAUUGUAGAAACACUACAAAUCUCCGAAAUCACCUGACAAGGUAUAAUGCUAAGCUAACAUCCGACAACAAACCUUCCGGAGCUAAACAAAUGAAAUUGAGGGACUCGCUUGCAUUACCAGCAGAUUCUCCGCGGACCAUUAGGAUAACAGAGGCCAUCGCAACUUUUGUGUGCAAAGAUUUACGCCCCUACUCGGUAGUGGAAAAUGAAGGCUUCAAGCGGCUCCUUCAUGUGCUCUAACCACACUACGUUAUGGUUCGCAAACAUCUGACAGAAACUGUUAUCCCCAUGAUGUACACACGAGUGAAAGACGACAUCCAAAUGAAAAUGCAGUUAGCAGAGCGAGUCGGCAUAACUUGUGACACAUGGACAUCGCUGUCAACUCAGUCCUACAUGACGGUGACUUCCCACUACAUCGAUAACGAGUGGCGCCUCGCGUCUUAUGUGCUGCAGACCACCGAAGUUACUUCGAGCCACACCGCUGCAAAUCUAGCCCAUAUGUUGACGGGGGCCAUACAGAAAUGGGGGAUGACCAGCAAACAACCAGCAGUUGUUACAGACAAUGCUGCAAAUAUGGUUCGUGCAGUGGAAAUAACGCAGCUGAUGCAUGUCGGCUGCUUCGCACACUUGCUGAACUUAGCCUCACAAGCAGGUCUAAAAAUCCCCGCUGUGACACGUCUGCUUACUCGUGUGAGGCGUAUAGCAGCAUUCUUUCACCGAAGUACAACGGCAAGCUACAUACUGAAAGAAAAACAGAAGCUGCUUCAACUACCAGCGCACAAACUAACACUUGACGUGGUGACAAGAUGGAACAGUGCACUGGACAUGCUGGAGCGCUUUUUGGAGCAACAACCAGCCAUCUCUGCUACUCUCCUUUCUCAAGAGGUGCGCAGGAAUGAAAAAGAUUUGUGCACCCUAACAGAGGAAGAUGUAACAACUGCUGAGGAUUUGGUCCGGGUGUUGAAACCGAUGAAAGAAGCUACGUUGGUGAUGUCGGAGGACAAGCAGCCAAUUCUUUCCGGCAUCGCCCCACUGCUCGCCCUGCUUCAGGAUGCCUUCACCCCCAGCCUAGAAGACAGCGCUGUAGUCCAGGACUUAAAAGCUGCUGUAAAGAAUAACUUGGGGACAAGAUCUGAUGGACAAAAGUACACCUUGUAUGCAGCGUCCGCGUUCGAUCCUCGCUCUAAGGCCCUUCCAUUCCUGUCUGCUUCAGAACAAAAUGACACCUUCUCCAGGCUGCAGGCAGAGGCUGCCACUACUGCACUUGAUCAAGAUGGUGGCAAUGAUACUGAUAAAGAAGCUGAGGAUACUUUGCCCAAGAAGCCAAAGAAAUCCUGCACCUUGGAGUCUCUCCUUGGGACAGUCUAUUCACCAACAGUAAAAGAUCAGGGACUGAAAACUCCAGCAAUAAGGGUGUGAUGGCCACACCUGCAGCCACACAGUCGGUAACCUCACAUACCACUUUUUCACUUUAAGUUUGCACAUACUGAAGUAUACAUACGUUGAUUUGUUUGGUUUUUAGUGUGUCAAUAUUGAAGUAUAUUAGUUCUAACUGUAGCGCGCACAUUUGGUUAACUUUUGUAUAUUUAAUUUUGUUACAUGCUUAACAUCUGUUUGUUUUCUUUAUUUUGGUGUUGUGGGGAGUGCCUUCAACUGGGCUGAAGCAGAGGACUCUGGCUGGCACACUCCAAUCCCUGAUUGACUCACUGAUUGGGUGGUACCAUCUGGAGUUCCACUAGGGGGGAGAAGACCAUGGAGUCCUUAUUUUAAUUCUGUGGCAUAAUCUUUCUUUUGCUUUUGUGAUUUAUUUAUUUUGUUAAUUUUUAGUUAUUAGUCAUUUAAGUUUAAUCCUUAAACCAACUGUGUUUAGUUAUCUUUGUUGUUGCGUAGAUGUUCCCUUUCCCUCUUCCUCAGUGUGUUAGUCUGGUCUGAUCAGCCAGUAUUUAAGCCCCCUUUGUUUGUUGUAUGUCAGGUCAGUUUGUUUGUUUGAGCAGUUAGUUUGAGGUUUUUGUUAUGUUUAACUCUGAUAUUUUUGGCUUGAGUUAGCUUCUUUAUUUGACCUCUUUUAAGGGCCCUAUAAUUAUUGUUUGAAAUUUUUGUUACUUUGGGGAAAUAAAACCCAGUUUUUUGAAAGUUACAACUGUGUCCUCAUGCUUGACCAGCUCGGUCCCUCACAAAGGGCUGAAGAUGAAGUUAGAAGAUACAAAGCUGAAAAUCCUGCUGGGUCUAAUGAGAAUCCUUUGAUCUGGUGGAAGUUAAACGAAAGGGAGUAUCCACUGUUGGCUCGCCUUGCAAGGCAUUAUUUUUGUGUCCCAGGGACCAGUAUUGCAUCAGAGAGGGUAUUUUCAACAGCAGGUGACAUUGUCACUGCAAAAAGGAGCUGGCUAAGCACAGAUCAUGUGAAUGAACUUAUUUUUCUUCACAAUAAUCUCACAAUUAAUGAGAAGUGAAAAGAAAGACAAUAAUUUGACUUAGCAGUUCAACUUGUUUUGUAUUUAUUUGCCAGUAUUUUUUGGCCCUUAAAAUAGAAAAUCCCUUGAUGCAAAUUGCAGUGUUGUAGUUAAAGUUAAAAGGUAAAUACUUUUAUUUAUACAAAUUUGCACUUUUGAGACAGUUUUGUUUACGUUCCCCAGG